UGAAGCCACCGAUCAGUAUCAUUCAUAUGCAGAACUUUGUUUUCCCAAGCUGAAUAAUGAGUGAACACAUCAGCGCGCUAGGAGAAGCCUGCAGUGUGGCUAGAUGAGAUUCAGAUUUGAGAGGGAAACAACUGUGCUUCCUACUCUUCAGUUUAUUAUUAGAGAGAAUUUUAUUUUAUUUUAUUUAGAAUGAUGAUGUUAGAGGCCCUUUUCUUGUAUUUUGGGUUCACCCUUAAUACCUUACUACAAUUCUCAACCGAAUAAAGCACAUUAUGCGCCCAGUGCCCACAGCAUCUGUUCGGUUUCCUGUAGGCCCAACAUGUAUUUGGGUCCUGCUAGCCCACGAGGGCGCUAGUUGUGCAGGUUUUGAGAAGCACCGACUUGGCCAAGAAGGCCCGAAGGAGGCCCGAGUAAGUCUUCUGAGAUCAGACCUUAAUAAAGCCAACCCAACCAAAGCGCCCGAAUUUGAGAGCCAGCCCAAUACCUCUGUCACCCCAUUUCGAAACCGAGAAUGCAUGGGCCGGUUCGUUCGGGGCACCCUCAGUCCUUAUAGACGAACCAUCUCUGGUCGCUCGCUCUCUCUCUCUCUCUCUCUCUCUCUCUCUCUCUCUCAGCUGGCGCCUCUUCCUCCUCCUCUUCCUCCUACUCUGCAGCUCUGCUUCCUCCCCCACGGGCUAGCUAGCAGGUUAGGGUUAGGAUUAGGGUUAGGGUUGGGUUUUUCUUUGGGGGUCACAAUCUAGCUAGGCAUGGAUAUAGAGGAGAUCGCCGAGGGAGUGAACAACACCAACAUCAACAUCAACAUCAACAUCACCAUCGAGCCGCACAAGAAGAAUCGGAUCCAGGUGUCCAACACCAAGAAGCCGCUCUUCUUCUACGUCAACCUCGCCAAGAGGUAUAUGCAGCAACACAACCAAGUGGAGCUUUCGGCUCUUGGAAUGGCUAUUGCAACUGUGGUGACCAUUGCGGAGAUUCUUAAGAACAAUGGUCUUGCUGUUGAGAAAAUCUGCGGACCCUUUAGUGUUGAUGAUUGUGAUUCUGCUCUAUAUAUUCGCUCUGUGGAAAAAACAUUUGUAGAGAUCAUGACAUCUAUGGUCAAUAUGAAUGAGGAGUCACGAGCACGGCCGAUACAAAAGGCCAAGAUUGAGAUCUUGCUGGAAAAGACGAAUAACUUUGACGAAUUGAUGGCUGCUGCAGUGGAUGAAAGAGAUGCGGCUGAUGGUUUAUGAGCAGAGCUAGAGCACCAUCACAAAUCUAGAGAAUGAAGUCUACGCUCUCUUCGUUCUCCUUUCCUCUUCUUUUUGUUUUCUUUUUGCAUGUCUUUGGCACGCAAAUUUUGUUUGUUCCAGAAAAUUGUACUAAAGAGCGGCAGUUAGUAGUAUUUUGCUCUUCGGUUUUGCAUGGUUUGAUUUAGCUUGAUCUUUCUAUUUUAGGUGCUAUGGUGUUUUUAAAUUUGAUCGACUCCUCUGUUGUUCUUGGAAUUCAAAUGGGAUACUUUGAUAGCGUCCUAAAAUCUCGGGCGGGACUGUUUAAUUA